AUGAAAACGCCGGGAGAGGAUGCGCAGGACGGAAUAAGUAGCACCAGCGCAAAUGGAGUCCCUUCCUCACAAAAGCGGCGCCCACCAAAACUCAGACCUUCUAAGCUUUCGAAGCGGACAACUCCGUCAGACAGGCAAAGUGAAGGAAGCCCGCAGAGAUACACCGCAGGAUCGGAGAGAUCAGAAUCAAAUGUUCCAUCGGGAUUUCCAACCGGUAUCACCAAAGACCAAAGCCAAGACAGUUUGAAUUCUCCAAGCCAAGAGCAAUAUUCCGACGACCCGCAAAUACACCAACGAACGAGUAUCCGACGUGAGUCGGUCACAGCCGCCGAACCAGAUCAAGUUGAAAUCAUCGAACGCGAACAAAGAUCAAAUAGUCCAGAAGCAAACAGACGAGAAACACGCGUCCGACGGAUGCUUAGUCCUGAGGUCAAGGAUAAAGAGAUUGUUCGAGCUCCGGAUCCCCACAAUGCGGGACAACAAGCAGAGCUUCCUCGAAAUGAGGCGAAUUCAAGAACUGGUCAAGUGAUAGAGACCACCGAAGCAGUGACAAAUACAAAAAGCAACGAUCAGUUGAAGCUAAGAUUGGAUUUGAACCUUGAUGUUGAGAUUGAACUGAAGGCGAAAAUCCGUGGAGAUCUGACAUUACAAUUAUUGCAAUAA